AACCAGAGAGACAGAAUCGCUUAACCCACAAAUAAUCCCAGGGUUACCCUCUUCAUUUGCCACAAAUAGAAACUGCUGCAAAAUUCACACACAAAAAUUUCCAAACCCAAAACUAAGACAAACACAGAAUACACACACAGCGACAGAAAAAUUAACAGAAAAACAAAUUCAAACCACCAUAGAGAGAUAUAUGGAGAGAGAAUAGAAUAGAAUAGAUUAUGUAAUGCAUCAGAAGAAAUCAGAGGUUCAGAUCGGAAAAGAAAGCAUUGGCGUCUCUUCCGAUUUCAAUCCAACACCACCACUUCAAUACCCAUCUUCAAUUCACCAAAAACACCACCAUCAUCCUCAUCAUAAUCACUACCAUCAUCAAUUUUACCCACAAAUCAUUGAACCCUCAUCUUCACCUUACAAGAGACCCCAAUUAACUCAACCCUCUGAAAAAUCCCAACCGCCACAACAACAACAACCGCCGUUAAAGCCUCACAACGCCGCCUUCUUUUCCGUCACAAUCGCCGCCUUCAGCCUCCUCCGCCGCCUCAAGCACCUCCGCGCCAUCCUCCUCCUCUCGCUCCCAUUCUUCUACAUCAACUUCCUCGUCUCUCGUUCCUUCCUCUUGGACUUUCUCUCAGCCUUGGCUCUUCUCUUCUCUCUCCACCUCGCUUUUUCCCUCCCCUUUUCAAUUCGCUCCUUCCCCAUCAAACUCAAAUGCUCCUCCGCCAUCUUCCGCCGCCCUCCGCCGCCGCUCCCGGUGUUCUGGACCAUCGGGUCGCGGCACAAGCCGGAUAAGAGGGUCGCCACCUCAGGGUGCUGGGUUCAGGUGUAUGGAAACGGCGACGUUUAUGAGGGUGAGUUUCAUAAGGGUAAGUGUUCAGGGAGUGGGGUGUAUUACUAUAGCAUGAGUGGGAGGUAUGAAGGUGAUUGGGUUGAUGGGAAGUAUGAUGGGUUUGGGGUGGAGACUUGGGCUAGGGGUAGCCGGUACCGGGGGCAGUAUCGGCAAGGGUUGAGACAUGGUUUUGGUGUGUAUAGGUUUUACACUGGUGAUGUUUAUGCUGGUGAGUGGUCUAAUGGCCAGAGUCAUGGGUGUGGAGUUCAUACUUGUGAAGAUGGGAGUAGGUAUGUUGGAGAGUUCAAAUGGGGUGUUAAGCAUGGCAUUGGCCGCUACCAUUUCAGAAAUGGAGAUACAUACGCGGGUGAAUAUUUUGCGGACAAGAUGCAUGGGUUUGGGAUAUAUCGUUUUGCAAAUGGCCAUCGUUAUGAAGGAGCCUGGCAUGAGGGAAGAAGGCAAGGACUUGGAAUGUAUACAUUUAGAAAUGGCGAAACCCAACAUGGUCACUGGCAAAAUGGAGUCCUUGAUAUUCCAAGCACACAGAAUACCACUUAUCCAGUUUCUCCUGUUGGUGUUUAUCAUUCCAAAGUACUCAAUGCGUUGCAGGCACCAAGACGAACAGCAGAGAAAGCCUAUGAUGUGGCCAAGGUAGAUGAAAGGGUGAACAGAGCAGUAGCAGCUGCUAAUAGAGCAGCUAAUGCAGCUAGAGUAGCUGCGGUCAAGGCUGUGCAAAAGCAAAUGCAUCAUGUUAAUAGUGAAAGCUUCCAAAUUCCUGUUGUGUAAAACCAUCAACUGCUGCUUUUAUAUUAGUAGAGAAGCUUGAGAUUGUUGGAGAGGAUGGUGGCUACACUAGUUUAAACAGCUUCAUACCUAUUGCAAUCAUCUCUUUGGCUUUAUGCUUUCUCUAAAUUGAACUUUGAUUAUUGGCUCCUAGAACCUUAUCCCCAGGUAGCAGGCUGAAAGCAAGCAGAUUUGUUAUCUAUCUGCUACGGGCCUUGUAUAGAGGGAGGAAGGGUAAUGGCACCCACAUGGUAAAACUAUUCUAUAGAUAAUUUUUCAUUUUGUCCCCUUUUACUACAUUUUUGUAAAUUUUUGCAAAUGUAAAUACUAGUGUGCAGGUGAAACCUUGAACCGGCUACUGUUGUAUUAUCUCUUGGUAAAAUAAGGAGAGGAGAAACAUAUAUUAAAAUGUUUUUCCCCCAACUUGAAGUUAUUUGCUUUA